CAUUGAUUGAGCCACAGGCGUAUGGGUUGUACCAUUGUAUUCCUCUAUAUAUAUACAGCAAGCCAGUGGUAGCUGCACAGCAAAUCGGAAAGGGUCGAACACUAAAGGCACAGCCUGUCACAACGCGGAAAAGCAUUUUGGGAAGUUCUUUCUUUGCACCAAGAGACACCACCCACUCUAGUCUCCUCACCGACUGACAGGGACUCUGACUGACUGGCGUCGUCGUGAUUUCUGUAGCUUUGACAACAAAAUGGAAAAUGAACACACAGCAGACAGGAUGGACUCAGCGAACACAUUGAGCCCAGACGUCACAGACUCCAGUAAAAGAGUAAGUUAUUUGAUUGAGAAGUAUAAAGAUGUAGGAUUUGGUCAGCCUCGGAAAUUCUCUAAGGAGCCACAGUCUCAAGUCUGCAUGUCCUCCGUCGUGCGUAGUUUUGGAAACGUUGGCACUUUGUGCGCUGCGCCUCCGAGCUCAAGCAACAACAGUGCCACGUUCAAAGACUGUACUGUCAGAGAUAACGCCUCACUUAUCAAUAAAGCUUUUUAUGACCGCUCUGACCCUGUGCGCUGGACAGAGGUGCGUGGUAUAGAGGGAGGGAAGGAUUCCACGUUACCGCAGCCGAUCCCAACAGUAACUCAUGAAAGUUUGCAGAGAGCGGCUACGAACAUGAUAUCGACACCCAGUUCAACCACAACCACCGGGGUUUGUAGGAUCAUCAAAGAUGAGAAGGAGCCGUCACUAAUCAUGGAAACACCAUGUCCCGAUUUUGACCUAACGGCCAACAUCCCGACCCUCGAGACCUGUUAUGACAGCGAGAGGAAACAACAAGAGUUAGGUUUUCUGGAUGAUUCGGCAAUGUCUUUCCCCACCUCCGCGCCUGGACAACAAACACUAUUGGACUGUUCACCGAACUUUCUAGUCGACUUGAAUCAGAACGAACAGAUGUCCACGGUUCCCCAGGUCCGUGCAGACUCACGUGGUGUUCCCUUUCCUACUCAUCCCGGUAAGGGCAUGCUGAGUUUUGAUGUAAUGAGCAGUAACGGACAGGGUCCACAGCAGCAUUUGAUGAUUUAUAAAAGUGAAAUGCCCAGAUGGUCCAUUCAGACCUCUCCUACUCAUUCCUCGUUUUGGUGCCAGUCCAGCGGGGUCUCCGAGGACCAGUACCCACACCAUGGCUACUCCUCCCCGGAUGGAAUUCACACCUCAGCCCUGCUCCAGCGGUCCCCAACCUAUACAGGAUAUGGCGGUGUUCCACCCCAGAGACUAUGUAUGAUCUGUGGAGAUGAGGCCUCAGGGUGUCACUAUGGGGUCCUCACAUGUGGAAGCUGCAAAGUGUUCUUUAAACGAGCGGUGGAAGGACAUCAUAAUUAUCUCUGUGCCGGUCGAAACGACUGCAUCGUGGACAAGAUGCGAAGAAAGAAUUGCCCUGCGUGUCGCCUGAGGAAGUGCUACCAAGCUGGGAUGAUGCUCGGAGGGCGGAAGCUGAAGCGUUUUGGGGCCCUGAAGGCAGGUCCAGCCUUGAUGUUCCAGGGGGCCUUAUCAGCCCUGGGAGAUGGUCUGGCCCCAGCCUUGAUGUUCCAGGGGCCCUUGUCAGCCCUGGGGGAUGGUCAGACCCUGGCCUCUCUACCCUGCAUGCCUGGUCUCAACGAGCUGCAGCUCUCCCCUCAGAUCAUCAGCAUUCUGGAGAGCAUUGAGCCUGAGGUGGUGUACUCUGGCUAUGACAACUCCCAGCCUGACAUGCCACACCUCCUCCUCAACAGUCUCAACAGACUGUGCGAUAGACAGCUGUUGUGGAUCGUCCGGUGGUCCAAGUCCCUGCCAGGGUUCCGUAGCCUCCACAUCAACGACCAGAUGACACUCAUCCAAUACUCCUGGAUGAACCUCAUGGUGUUCUCUCUGGGCUGGAGAUCUUUCCAGAAUGUCACCAGUGAAUACUUAUACUUCGCUCCUGAUCUUAUCCUUAGCCAGGAUCGUAUGAGGAGAUCUCCCAUAUAUGAUCUGUGUCUGGCCAUGCAGUUCAUUCCUCAGGAGUUUACCAGCCUCCAGGUCACCAAAGAGGAGUUCCUCUGUAUGAAAGCCAUCAUGAUUCUCAACACUGUUCCAUUGGAGGGCUUAAAGAGCCAGGCCCAGUUUGAGGAGAUGAGACAGAAUUACAUUCGGGAGCUGACCAAGGCUAUCCAUCUGAAGGAGAGAGGCAUGGUGGCCUCCUCUCAACGCUUCUAUCAUCUCACCAAGCUGAUGGACGCCAUGCAUGAGAUUGUGAAGAAAGUGAACCUGUACUGUCUUAGUACCUACAUCCAGGCUGACGCCAUGAAGGUUGAGUUCCCUGAAAUGAUGUCAGAGGUCAUCUCCUCCCAGCUCCCCAAGGUCCUGGCCGGCAUGGUCAAGACCCUCCUCUUCCACGCCAAGUGACCAAUCACAGGAGACAACCUAACCUGCACCGCGCAAAGCACCAUGGAAGAAUAGAAUAUACCCAAAGAGCAAGAGUUGAAUAAAUAUUUUAUAAACAUCAUUAUAUAUCAAAUCAAAUAUCGACCAAAAUGUAAUUUGAUUUGAAAAUAGGUCUUUGUCCGGUGGGUGUAUCAUAUCUUUGAAACUAAGAAAAUGUAAGUUAAAACAUGAAGGUUUUGGGGAGGUGAUAUUUGGACCAAAUUAAAUGUGAAGGUUUUGGGGAGGUGAUAUUUGGACCAAGUUAAACGUGAAGGUUUUGGGGAGGAAUUAGUUGGGUUUAUGUUUGUGGCAGAAUGAUUCCUUCUCCAAGGUCUGAUGUCCAAUAGUCCAGCUAUGUCCUCCAGUCAGACCUCUGUGGUGAAUCCAUCAAAGAUACUGUAACGGUGCCUCCCUUCAAUUCACUCUUAUCUUUUGAGGUGGUAGAAUUUUAUAUAUAGAAGUUGUGUUAUAGCAUUUUUAAUUUGUGAGAAUUACUGUUUUGCUAGACUUGUAAGAGAGCUAGGUUUACGUCCCAAAUUGCACCCUAUUCCCAACAGUGCACUGCUUUUGACCAGAGUGCCAUGGGCUCUGGUUGAAAGUAGUGCACUAUGUAGGGAAUAGGGUGCUGUUUGAGACGCAACCUUAAAACUGGUGUACCAAGUUUUGCUUUUUGCGUUUGUUUUCAGUUACGUACAUGUUACACUUCCUGCUUCAUGGCUGGGCAUUUAUAUAUCUCAUGUUCCGCAAGUUACAUUUUCGUACAAAAUACACAAUGCCAUUCUAUUUCAUGUACCAUUAAAUUACAUAACCACUA